UUGCCAAUGUUGCCAAGUUACUACUACGAAGCACAUUAGCUGGGGAAAUUCCAUGAAGCUAACGGAUUUGGUAGAAGUUUUGUCUUUUAGGCAUCAGUUGAUGAUGUACUGCCUCUUGGAAGGACUUUGUUAAACGGAAGAAAAUGCAACCAUUUAAUGAGGAAAAAGAAGCAGCAAUUUGGAGAUUUGGGAGGAAUUGGAUUUGCUGAAAAACUUUUAAGAAAUGUAAUUUGGUUUCUACUUUGAUGGACAAUGCAACUGAAGACAUGAUUUGAAGGAUGCAUUGGGAGAAGCAGAAGAACCAGCUGGAUCUCAGAAGAAGGAUGAGGAUAGAGAAGCUGACUUGGAAUGUGAGGACAUACUCCUAGGAGGAGUUUUUUUUUUUGGACAAGACAGGAAGAUGAUGGAGAUUGAGAAAUUAUUUUGGAAGAAUUACCCAGGAAGAGUGCUGGAUGAACUGUUGAAGUAGAGAAGGAGGAGAACACUGAAUUAAGGAGGGAGAAAGACAAAAGGGGAAAUUGGGGAUUGAUUUGGAUGUUGGUUGUGUGCUGGGAUUUCUGAAAAGGGGGAAAAUUAAGGUAAAAAAUAAAAUGUAAGGAAUGUUUUGUAUGAAGGGAUGUUUUCCCCUUAGGUUCGGUGUGGAACUUUGAAGAAUAUCCAAGGCGUGCGAUUGUGAGAGUUUGACAGAAAAACAAAGGUGAAAUUUAAGUAGGAAAAACCAAGGAAAUAGCAUUUGGUUCUGGUUUGAGAUUAAUAGGGGAUCUGUUGAUUGAUUUUAUAUAAAGGACAUCACUUCACUAUGCCAUUGUAUUUAAUGGGACUUGAGUAUCCACAGAUUUUGGUAUCCACAAAGGCUCCUGGAACCAAACUCCAGUGUAUACCAAAGGCCAAUUGUAUACAUACUGUAACAAGUUACUAGUUGGCAAAAUAUAACCUAGGUAUUCAUUUAUUUAGUGGCCAUUUAAACAACCAGCGUAGCACAGUGCUAAGAGAAGUGGACUAAGAAAAUUCAGGUUCAAAUCCCAAACUCAUUGGAUGGCUUUGGGACAAUCCUGCUCUCUCUGCCUUACCUACCUCUCAGGGUUGUUGUCAUCAAAAAUGGAGAAUAAUUCUCAGUGUGGGAGAAAAUGUAGUUUGAAAUGCAUAUGUUACAUCUUACUUCAUUUAUCACCUUCUAUGUUCCAAUUAUUUACCUGCUAAACAGUUUCUAAUGGGUGAAAUGUUUACAUGGGCUCUGUUUAUUUUUUAGCAGGUUCUCAGAAAAUCCAUUCCCCUCCUAACAGAUAAUGCAUGAGACAAUCUGGUCUGAUUGAUAGACUGAGUAUAUAUAAUUCUGUUGUCAGAAUGUAAAGUUUGCUUGGCACAAAGAACCAGACAACUGUCCCCUACCAAAAUUCUCUCAUGUUAAUAGUUUGUCAUGCUGCAAUAUACAAAUUUUAAACAGUACAAUAUUCUGUAAUUAAUCGGAUAACAUAAUUACAGUCUAGUAAGACAGUGGCUUAAAAUGUGGCUGCAGGCAACCUGAAAUAACAGUAAAUUGAAAUCUGUAUGAAUUAAAAUUCAGAGGUAAAAAUGAAGCAAAGGUUUAAAAAAUGAAAUAAAAUGCCAGCUUUUGUAAACGCUACUGGAUGUAGUUUAGCAUCUACAGUGGCCUUACUAAAUUGGCAAUUUAAAACCAAUCAACUUUCAGACUAUAACACAGGCAGGUAAAGUUGCAACGUAGUUCUUAAAAUGUCUAUGGGUUUGUACUUUUUGUAAUUGGCAUUUAACAUUUUCAGAAGUGAAAAUUGACAGGUGUACCAGCAGGGGAAAGUAUUUGAAGAACUUGUACAUUUUUUAAAGUAAAAUGAGCUGAGGAGUUGUAUUUGUGGCUUUUUGAAUGUAAAGUUAAGGCCAACUUCUGCUAAGAAUUUUGAUGUGUAACUGGACUGGAAAAUCUCAUCUGAUAAAUUGAAAUCACAUGUAAACUGGGCACUGUCAAGCAUUAACACAGAUGCUCUAGAAAUCUUAUGUUGUGCUUUAAUUUUAAUUUAAUUUUAAUCAGCAAUCUAUUUCAAAAGAAUUGUGUUUGGAUAUUGAAUUACAGUGGACCCUUGUUAUACGCUGGUGUUUGGUUUCAAGAUCCCCCGUGUAUAACAAAAUCCGUGUAUGCUUCUUUGGACACUGAAAAUCUCUGAAGCCAACCUUUUCUGUGAUUCUUUUCAAGGUUCUUUCUGACUAAAGAACAUAUUUGGUGGUGUUCUCCCUCAUCCCACGGUAAAGGGGAAACUUUUUUAAAAAAGAAAACAAACAUAUGCCCAUAAUUUACGGUAAAUCUGCUUCUCAGAGGAGCAUUAAUAAACUGGGAUUUGAUGAAAUGCAACAAAAAUAAGAAUAUCUGUUGUUUUCUGCCUCGUCUGCAUUGAUAAUGUGUUUCUGUUCAAACCUUUCUGACACCUCAAGGUUCUGUGGUCAUCAUUGCCCUCAAUUAUAUAUUGGUCUGAAGGUGGCCGCUGCAUGCUCACAGGAUGUUUGGCUCAGCCUGUCCAAAUAUAUGCCUACUUUGGGUUUAGUUUUUAAAUGAAUGCUGUUAUUCACCACUGUCCUUAACAUAGAAUGAUGUUAGAUGUGUACUCCAGUUGUUAGAAACCCGGCGCAGUCCUUGGCGCCUUUGGGGUUUUGCAGCUAACUGCCAGAGGGUGUGUGCCUUGCUCUGGCAGGGGGGAUUGGUUUCCAAGGGCCAACGGCAGAAUUGGAGGGAUGGGGGAGGAUUAAGACAAAAUUGGAAGAAGGUGGAGCUCCUCUCUGGCAUGGGGUGGUAGGUCUGUCUGCAUCAGGAUCUUAUGAAUGCUACUGUGCAGUUUGGUGCACAUGUGUGUGUGUUUAUAGGUGCAAGUGAAAGGAUUGGAAGGCUAGUGGGACAACAUUUUCAUUUAGUCUCCGAAAGCUGCUUCCUUGUUAAAGCUUCAGAGAGUUUGAGCAUUUCCAGAGGCGUCUCACUUCCUGAAGAAGCAAUGCCCCACAGCAAGGUCCUUCGCCUCAUCCUGCUGACACUUUCUGGAAUCCUGGUACCUUUUGUGAAAACUGAAUAUCCCCAAGGACCUCUCCCAACGCUGUGGAAUGAUCCUCCGGAGCUGCCAUCAGGUGGAGGGCCCUUAGAAACCACCCCUACUCCUCGCUUCUCAGAUUCUCCAGGAUUCCCACCUUAUACUUCUGAUUAUGAGCCAGAGGACACAACUCACCUCCACCAGCUGGAUACUGGGAAUGGGUCACUGGGUCCUGGAGCCAUUGGUGCCAUUGUGAUUGCCGCUUUGCUGGGCACAUCUGUGAUUGUGGCCUUGAUUGUCAUCACCCUGCGAAAGUUUUCAGCUUCCUGAAAUCAAUAAAAAGUUAUUUUUUCCUAAUAUAUACUUGUCCAAGAACCCUCCUUCUUCUGUGCUUGUGUUUUCUAUGUGUAAGAGAUCCUUUAGCACCUGUAUUUCUCAAGCAUCGCAAGACACCCUGCCCCUUGAAUGACUUGAGAUUGGGGCUACUUUACUUGUUGAUUU